UUAACGUUAGUGUAACAGUUAGCUCAGCGAAUGUCAAUCAAUCAAUGAAUAUUUCAUGCUCUGUCCUGUCCUGGUUCGCUAGCUUUGUACGCUUAUGAUACGGUGAUGUUAACAGAUUAACGCUGUUUUGUUUUUUUAGAUCAGGCCAAGAGAAACGGUGUUUUUGAUAAGUGCUAGCUGUGGGUUAGCUUGAUAGCUAAGUCGCGAAGAUCAACGUCUAACGUUUAUCGAUUAAUUUAAUGAUGGCCGUGUGUGCUGCUGGCAUUUAUAGACCAUAAUAAAACGGGAUUAACAAGCACGAAUUGCCUGCGAAUGAAAGAUAUGAAGCUAAAUUGAGCAUGCUACCUAGCUAUCGUCAGGACAGCUGGAGACUAUCUGGCCUUGUCCGCCGACCUAACACCAGCCAGCGUUAACUAGUCUCAUGUUAACGAUAUAUCAGCUAUCCUGAAGACAUUUAUCGUCGGGGUUUGCUAAUAUCAAGCUGACAUCAUACCCAUCCAUUACCUGUCUGGCUCGUCGCUGUUUGCUCUAACUCUGGGUUACCUCCUCUGCUGUGGCCCUGCAACAUGGAGAGUGUCCACUGUGUCACUGAAGGCUGACCAAAAGGAACGAGGCGCUCCAGAAGAUGUUCCCAAGUGGCCUUGUGGAUGCAGUAGCUGGCUAUUGGAGUGCUUUUUUAUGACUAGCAUUGUAUGUGUGUGUCUGUGGGCACAUCCUAGCACAACCUGCCUAUUCUUCAGGCAGGGACAUGCUACUCUGAGACUGGAGCUGGAGCAACUCGCAAGAAAGGAGCCCCUCUAGUAAACAAGGAAAAAAGAAAAGAAAAAGGAGUGUGCUCAGCAAAAGAGCUUUGUGAUAGACACACUGGGCACUUCAGCUGUAGUUUCAGCUCAUUUAAGUGUCUUCUGAACCAUUGCACAUUUUAACAGCAACACCUUUCCUCUGUCUUGUGAGAUUUGUCUCCCUCCCCCUCCCUAAAGUGUCCUCUGUCAUCGGUAUUGGAGUUUCUAUGGUUUGCAUGGCUGGAGAAUAACCGUGGAGAGGCCAGGGUAUCACAAGCUUAUGGAUUUUGAUAAGAGAGGGGGCAAGGGAGAGACAGAGGAAGGGAAAAAGAUGUCUAAGACAGCAGGCAGCAGGACUGGACAUGGGGGCCGGAGUUCAGGGACCAAUUCUGGAGUUCUUAUGGUUGGCCCAAACUUCCGUGUUGGUAAAAAAAUCGGCUGCGGGAACUUUGGAGAACUGCGGCUGGGAAAAAACCUCUAUACUAACGAAUAUGUGGCCAUUAAAUUGGAACCUAUAAAAUCCAGGGCGCCACAGCUCCAUUUGGAGUAUAGAUUUUACAAACAGUUGGGAAAUUCAGAGGGAAUCCCACAGGUGUACUACUUCGGUCCUUGCGGGAAAUACAACGCCAUGGUGCUGGAGCUGCUCGGGCCCAGUCUAGAGGACCUGUUUGACCUCUGUGACCGCACCUUCUCCCUCAAGACCGUCCUCAUGAUAGCCAUACAGCUGAUUACACGGAUGGAGUAUGUCCACACCAAGAGUCUGAUAUACAGAGAUGUGAAGCCAGAAAACUUCCUGGUUGGGCGGCCAGGAAGCAAGAGGCAGCACACCAUCCACAUCAUUGACUUUGGUCUGGCCAAAGAGUACAUAGACCCCGAGACCAAAAAACACAUCCCCUACCGGGAGCACAAGAGUUUGACUGGAACGGCACGAUACAUGAGCAUCAACACACACCUGGGAAAGGAGCAAAGCAGAAGGGAUGACUUGGAGGCACUGGGUCACAUGUUCAUGUAUUUCCUCCGAGGCAGCCUCCCAUGGCAGGGCCUAAAGGCGGACACUUUGAAGGAGAGGUAUCAGAAAAUUGGAGACACCAAACGAGCAACACCGAUUGAAGUGCUUUGUGAAAGCUUCCCUGAAGAGAUGGCCACCUACCUGCGCUAUGUGAGGAGGCUGGACUUCUUUGAGAAGCCUGAUUACGACUACUUGAGGAAGCUCUUCACUGAUCUGUUCGACAGGAACGGCUACGUCUUUGACUAUGAAUACGACUGGGUCGGCAAAUCACUUCCCACACCAAUAGGCCCUAUCCCCAGUGACACGCCAGUGCAGCCCAGCAGCAGAGACAAAGCACAACAGCAGACCAAAAACCAGUCGCCUGAGCCGAAAGGAAGUGAGUCUCAGCCCACUCCCGUGACCAAUAAGGAGACUCUGGGGUCGCACCUCACAGCUGAGCGGCUGGGGGGCUCUGUUCAGGUGAUGAGCUCAACGAAUGGCGAGCUGAACACUGAUGAUCCCACAGCUGGACACUCCAACGCUCCCAUCACCGCUCCCACCGAGGUUGAAGUGGCUGACGAAACCAAGUGCUGUUGUUUCUUCAAAAGGAGAAAGAGGAAAGCCCUCCAGAGGCACAAGUGAAAGAAGAGAAUGGAGAGAACUUGAAACAUUGUGGUCACUGUCAAGUUUUAAAUGGAAGCAACUACACAGACCCCCCCACCCCCCCACCCUGUCCCCCCCUAUCUCUGUCCAGCUUCCCCCCCCUCACCUCUUUACCCCUCUCACUUUAUUUCCCCUGUCACUCUGUACCUCGCUCGCUCUCUCUCUCUCUCUCUCUCUCUCUUCUUUCUCGUUCUCAGUGCUCCCCGGCUACUGGCGAGUUAAAGGAAUGUUGCGGUCCUACCCGACUCCACAACAGACUCUUGAUUCCUUUAUCGACAAAAAAUAAACGUACCUGCAUUACAACGGGGGGCUUGAGAAAAAGUAAAAAAAGCUGUAACAAUGAAA